AUGGGUGAUUCUUACAUUCUACGUGUGGAACUCCACACGACUGCUCUGGCCCUGGGAGCCGAAGGCAAAGGGUUGCUCGCCGCAGACGAGUCCAAAGGGAGUAUCAAGAAGCGGCUGGAGAAGCUGAAAAAGGAGAAUGCCGAAGACAAUCGGCGUGAGUGGCGAGAUGUCAUGUUCACAGCCGAAGGCCCGUUUGAGAAGUACAUUUCUGGGAAAAUCAUUUGUCAGCAUCAUCAAGGAACGGGAGACCAAACCCUGGGUAUAAAGGUCGACAAGGGCACCGUGACUCUUCCACGGACGGUGCCAGAGGAAACAACAACCGAGGGAUUGUAUGGUCUGCUCGAAAGAUGCAAACAAUACUACGAGCGAGGUGCUCGCUUCACGGCUGUCUUUGCGGUCGACUUUGCUGGGCUGGUGCUGAAGGCUUCGAUGGUUGUCCCUGGCGACAUGUCUGGACAAAAAGCAAGUCCCGAGCAGGUUGCGGAGGCUGCAGUGCAUGUUCUCAGCAAGACUGUGCCUCAACCUGUACCAACCAUUGUCUUCCUGUCUGGUGGACUCAGCGAUUCUGAUUCGAUCUCGUUCCUUAACGCCAUCAACAAAAGGAAACAAUCGAACCCACCGGCGGCGCUUUGGGCCUUGACCUUCUCUUUCGGGAGAGCAUUACAAGGCGUCGCUAUGCAAGCUUGGGCAGAUGGAAAGCUGAAAGAAAGUCAAUCGAUGUGGGUUGACCAAGCCAAAUGGUCUAGAGAGGCUGCUGCUGGGAAAUACGAGAGCGGUUGCCCGUCAUAA